ACUUCUCAUGUAAUUUUAAUGCAAAUAUUAUAAUAAUUCGAUAAUUCUAGUAACAAAGUAUAUAUUCAUUUAUCCCUGAAAUAACAACUACAUAGUGUAAAAUUAUCAAUAGCCAUACAACCUUGUAAAUUAUUCUCUCUAAAAUAAAAGGCUCGGCAACAUCGCGGUGGUCCAAUAUGUCCACAGUAACUGUUGGUGCGAUGACAACGUUAGAUCUGUUAUUUUAUUGUUUAUUUUGACAUCCUAAUGUGAAUUAAUAAAAUACUAGUGAGGUGAAUUUCUAUUACAAAAUGAUAUCCUCAAUAUUGUCAAGACUAGUCAUAUUGCUAUUCGGCACACUUUAUCCCGCUUAUGCUUCAUAUAAGGCUGUGAGAACGAAGAACGUCAGAGAAUAUGUAAAAUGGAUGAUGUACUGGAUAGUUUUUGCUCUAUUUACUUGCGCAGAAACGUUUACAGACGUUUUUUUAAGUUGGUUCCCAUUUUACUAUGAAAUUAAAAUAAUUCUAGUCAUUUGGCUUUUAUCUCCAGCAACUAAGGGAUCCAGUAUAUUAUAUAGAAAAUUUGUUCACCCCACCCUCAGCUCUCGGGAACAGGAAAUUGAUGAAUAUAUCAAUAAAGCCAAGGAGCAAAGUUACAAACAAGUUUUGGACAUCGGAUCAAAAGGGAUGUCCGCUAUUAUGCAAACAGCAAUUAAAGGCGGCGGAGGAUUAGUCAAUCAAUUAAGAAAAAGUUAUAGUCUAAGUGAUUUAAGUGAUCCUUCCCACGACGACGUUAACGACGAAGUUGACACCAUCACCGAACCACAUCUAACGAGACGCAGACGCAGCCCUCAUAGAUCUUCUUCUACUUCCGUAGUUUAUUUUUCUGAAGUAGACGUAAGACCAGAUCGGGUGGCGAGUAUACAAUCUGCUGAAGAUAUAUCUUCGUCGGGGUAUUCGAGCGGUGAAGGGUUACCACUAAAAAUUACUGCGCGAGAAGGUUUACCAAGAACCGGCUCGCUUACCAGAUCUCGAUCUACCAGAGUUACCAGAUCUACUGUUCCCAAAAAGAGUGGCGUCAGUGACGAAAGUGACGAGAACGAAGAAUUCGAUACCAACGUUGUUUUUCGUAAAGACUCCGAUUCAUCAAGUGAGAACGAAUUUUUGGACUGUUUAGAGGUUGUGCAUGACGAUUUAGAUGAUGGUCUAAAUAACCUUGAUACACCGAGAAAGCGCUACAUUACCACGUACUAAGAAAACCAGCAAGAAGAAAACUCUCUAAUUUCCAAAAUGGACCACUUUUAAGAUUAUAUUAACAAUUUUUAAUAAUUUUAACCUGCGUAGCUACAUUGCUCUGCUUUCUUUUUUUUAUAAGAAAUCCUCCAGUGAUAUCUUUAAUGUUAAUUUUUUGAACUAUUUGUGAAAAACAUUUACUUCUAGAUUUUUUAUUAGUGUUAUUAGGGGUAAUAAGGACUGUUAAAUAUUCUAUAAUAGUUUUUGAUUCUUAUAUGAAAUUAUUAGAGGCUGUUUAAAUAUUAGCAAAAAUUAUAAAUGUAUCGAGUAGAGCAAAAUACGAGGUUUACAAAAACGUUGACCUCGCUAUUUAUUUUGGUUCUGCGGGAAUAAGAAGAAAAUAUAGAGUACCAAAGUACAACGGAUGACGGAUAUUUGGGUCGUCCAAAAAAGUAAUUCAUUGCGCCAAUCGACAUGAGCUUUUUUGGAACGGUUCUAAAAUUAUGCGGUAUCCAACGGGAACAAAUCUUUCAAACAGCCAAAUAUUGCAAUUUCAGUUUACGCACAAAACCGAUAUUUUCUGGCGCAACAUAUUUUGGACGACCUUCACGAAAUUCGUCCUUUAGCGAAGUGCGAUCACGAUGCAAUUCGGAAAACAGUAGGAUUUAAUCCAAGUCGAAAGUCAUAGAAAAUUAUCGCACGAAACUGUUCGCUCAUAUAACGAGUAAAAAAUUACAGUGAACUGUACCCGGCCACUAGUUUCAGCUCUAUUUAGACAUAAGUUGAAUUCUUGUGAGGUAUGACUCAGAUAUAUCUACUAUAUGGUGGAUGCAGUAUCGUUGGAGUCUCAAAGUCUUACAGAAUAACUGAGAACGAGUUUGGUGUAUUUUGUGGAGCAAAGUUUGGGCUGUACUCUAAGAACACGCUCCAGAAGACUAAAGUUGGAUUCGUAGACUUUUACGUUCGUGCUGAAGCUCUCAUUCGCAUUGGAAACUAUUUAGAAAUGUUUUGACUAUCCUUUGUCGGUGGGGAUUUAAAGGACUGGCUCUGUUAGGACCAAUCAGAAAUGUUAUUUAACAUAAUCAAAAUAUUUUCCGUCUUUAGACAUGUCAUUUGUAUCAUAAAACAAAAACCUGAUGAUGGUUGAAUUUGAUUGUGGUUGCUGCGUAUACGUGGUAAUAUGCCUUGGAUACCUGUUUUCAUCGGCUAGGCGAUGGAACGUGAGCGUAGAACAUGAAAUUUGACCAUCUCCCAGCGCGAACUUGAACGCGAGCGCUUCUUUUUAUAAAUCACAAUUGACCUUAACACGAAACUGUUUUAUUGGCAGGAAUAAAUUUACGCUGAACAUUGAAGUGGACAUUUGAAUACGAUUGUUAUGGAUAUUUGAAUACAGGCGUUAUAAAGAACACCUUUUUUCCAUUAAUGGGAUACACGAGGUGAUUUAUUUCAAUUAUAUAAUUUUUAUUCACGAAUUCAAAGGAUCUACAAACAUGGUUUUGUUUUUAUAUAAUUAGAUGUUUAUAUUCAGACAGCCUUUAUAAUUAAUAAUUAGAAAUUAUUUAUAUCAACAGGGCUAUUUCUUACAAAUUACUCUCCCUGUUAUGAUUUAAUUUUGUUCAUGCGAUUAAAAAAGUUCAGUAUCAUGCAAGUAUGUUGACAUAAGGUUACAUAUUAAAAUACAUUGCUUGGGAAAUUAUUUCUGAUAAAUAACUUCGUCCAAAUGUGAACCAUUGCAUUUACGGCAUUCAUUAUAUCGAGCACUAUGACGGCUCGGCAGGUAUUUUCCGUGAUGGCUGCCAUUUCGACGCUGACAUUUUAUUUUAAUUGUACCAGGGAAGUCGGUUUGUUAGCGUAAACUUUAAAUUUGACAUAACCCCACAGAAAAAAAAUCUUAAACGUUAAAUCAGAACUGCCUGAAGGUUAACUUAUGUCACCUCUCCUGGAGAUCCAUUGUAAUUGUCGUGAACUCGUGGCAUAGAUCUUUUGGACGUGUGUGAAGUUGCUCUGUUCUGCGAGAACCGUGUUCUUUGGUUAUAGGUAUCGAAGUUUUGCAAUUCAGACAUGCAGAAGUCUUCUAAAAUAUGCACAUAACGCUCCUCUAACUGCGACUAUAGGGAUUUCUGAUAGUGUUUUGUUGAUGUCUCUAUUAACAUGAAAAUGAGCUUCAUCUGGAAACAAGACGUCGGUAAACGUUGGAAAGCGCUCAAUCAACAGGUUUACGAAGUCAAGCCUAUGACCAGCAUUCUGAGGCUUCAAUUAUUGCAUCAACUGAAUUUUGUAAGGGUACAGACCCAAAUAUUUGUUUAGAAUGUAAUUAUUACCUGUAACGUUCUUUUACAACUAUAGUAAAUAGUCAUACUACUAUUUUCCAACAUUUGAUAAUCCAAAAACGAUUUAAAAUAUGGAAUAUUCCAUUAAAAUCAAACAUUUUUUUUGUAUUCAUAAUAAUUUGUAUGCUCUGUAUUUAUGAGACCGUUAUAACGAAAUUUAAUUAUAACCACAUAAUUAUUCCUUAUCGUCUUAGGGCUCAAUCAGACGGUGCAGAUUAGACGUUCAUCCCGACUAUUAUGGAGCACAUCACGUCACAUCCUUUUUAUUUAGUUUGUAUUUUGUUAAUGGGUAUACCUACUAUUUAUAUAUUGAAUAAUGAGGGCUAAUAUAUAAAAGCAAUUGCAUUCAGAACUGAUCUAGAAAUAAAUCUUAAAUCUUACUUUUGAAGUAUAUAAUAGGUAACCUAUUUUUAAAAAAUUAAUCUAUAUCAUUUUUUUCUUUCAAUAGUUUUUAACUGUUUAUUAACUAGUUUUCCAAUGUAUAUUAUAUAAGCGGUAAUAGGACGAAAUGCAUUAAAAUUAUUCCAAAAAUAAACAAUCACAAUAAAAACAUUUAUCUUGAAUAUAUUUAAUUUUAUUGAAAAAUAAUGAUUAGAAAUUAAAUGACAUUAACUUUUUAUUAUAACUGUGUUUGAUUUUCAUUCAAAUAUUUUCAACUAAAAGUUCAUGACGCACAUUUCACUGCUCCAUGUGAACAUGAAAAGGCUCAAUUGCAUGUUGAUAAGCACAAUAAAAGAAACAUCUGUACAAUAAAAUAUCUUACAUAGAACUGGGGCUUGUCCAGUGUACCCAACUCUCAAUAAUUUAUCUCUCCAAAGCUCCAAUCAAAAACCCCUAAAAUCUCCACAAUUACUAUAAAUUCCCCCUAAAAAAAUUUAAUAAAUGAAAAAUAAAUAAUUAAUUUAUUAUUUUUACGUAAGUAACAGUAAAUAAUUUCAUUCGACAACAUCAUUUCUUUAAAUUCAUUAUUCAUAAAUGAUCGAAAACAAGUAACAAAUAAUUUUCUUCAGAUUCUGAAGUUUUAAAAUUAUACAUAUUGUAAUGUUUUUAUUAUUUAUAUAAUUUUUAUUCGUGCGGAAAAUUAACAAACACUGUUUCUUACGUUCUUAAUAUAUUUAAAGACUAUACACUACACUUAAUUAACUUAUAACAAUUCACUUAUCACUAACACUUAACCAACUUAAAUAAUUUAUUUAAAUUCUUCGAUUGAUUACUUUCUAUUUCGAUCUGUUUACUAUGACUAAUUAUUAUAAACUGAACUAAAAUGCGCUACACAAACUUCUUAUAUAUCCCAAAAAAAGUCUCGAAACUUCUAGAAAGUAAAGAAGCAAAACAAAUAAAUAAAUAGACCUUUCUAGAAUUUAUUUGAAAGAAACAAUGUAAAUAAACCGCCUGUUAUAACAAAAACUUAUAUAAAACAAACAUCAAACGGAUUCCGCAAUUGAAUCUAGGUAGGACCGGCUUCAGGGCGGAGAUACGUUCGUAACAAUAUUGACAUUGAAUAAUUUCAACAUUUUUGCACAAGAGAUUGUGCGCUCUUCGCUUAACGAUUCACAUGCGCGCAAAUAUAAAUGUAGUACUCUCAAAAGUGUCAAAGUAUUGUAUGGCUGUUCGUUCCACUAUAAUCGUGACGAACGUUCAUUCCGCAACGUCUGAUUGAGCCCUUAGGGUAAUAAUAACUAUGAAAACAGGGUGGGUAAUUAAUAAUGAAUAACAUUGUACUAUACGAUUGUUUAUUAUUCGAUCUCUGGUUAAUGUUUUAAAUAAUUUUUAUAAUAUUUAUAUUUUAGUCAUAAGAGAGUGUUGUGUUUGUGUCUCUAUUUGUUAAUUUUAUAAUAUUCGAAGAAAUGAAUGUAAAGUUUCAUAUAAUCUAGUUUUUGUUAACUAUUAUAGAGAUGGUUUGAAAGGAAUUAUGAUGUUUCUUUUAUUGAUUUUCAUAUGAAGUGUUUAAAAAUAAUUCUAGUAGGGUAAAGUACCCACUAAUCAGCAGGGACCCAAAACUUUAAACAAAAAUAUGUUUAAGAAGCAGAUUUAUAAGAAAAAUCCAAUGCAAGCUUAACUUUUAUCAAUAGAGAUGUCGCUUCUGCUAUUUUAAUAGAAACCCCGCUCAAAUUUCAUUAGUAUGUCUGAGUAAGUGACAAAGAAAAACUGUAUUUAGUGGAAUGCACCAAUAAUAAUAAUGUUGCUUGAGUUUUGAAAACUUCGCUAAUUCUUUCGAAUCUCAAUAAUUGGGUACUUUACUCUAUAAUAAAUGAACAAAACCCGAAAGUAGGAUGAAUUUGUUUGUGAUAUAAAAAAUAUUAUAGGCAAUUUUGAAGAAGUUUUAUAAAUUUCGGUACAAUUACCAAAUUCCUCCAAAUUAACUUUGGAUUAAUAGGUUUAAAUGAAUUUUUUUGAAAUAUGGAGAAAAGUGAAGUAAUCAUGUAAGAAAAGUAUCAAAUAAUUGAAAUGAAUCUUGUAUUAACCUUAUUAACAUAACCUAACUUUUCACAAGUUACUAAAUAUCUUCAGCAAGCUCAAGUAGGUGUGAAGGGUGUCCCAAAAUUGACGCUCGUAAAUCUAGUUUAAUAUAAAUACCACUGAUUUUAAUAUAAUUUUAACUAAUAUUUUAUUUCACAGUGUAAGCUGCGAAUUUAAGGCUGUAAUGAGGUCUUGACAAUUUUUUGGUGCGAUUAACUUUGAUUUUAGUUAUCUGAUAACCGAAUUAUUUGCAUUGCCAAAUUUUACAGAGAAGUAAUUGUUUGGAACAAAUAAAUAAAGACUAUAAA